GAGAUGAAUAGAUAUACAAGUAAAUCAAUGAAGACUUGUGGAAAGAGCCUAUUAAAUAGCACCUAAUGCAAAACAAUUCGCCUUGUAUCUACGAGCCUCAAAUGCUAUGGAGCCCGAAAAUGGUGUUUAGGUGCUACCUACGUGCUGUGGCGCAGAAAAGUUAGAGCGUGGCCCGUGCGGUUCCCGAUUGAUUUUAUUUGCAGCUCCCAAACUCUGGAAUAAACCAUCCGCUCUAGACCAUAGAAAAGUUCUUGUGAAGCGCCAUCGUCUCGCCCACGCGCCCGCUUCAUCUUCUUUCUACGCCCGGAUACGAAUCAGUCGCCAGUAUCUCUUAUUACGCAUCACGGUCUCUGAUCCCCCCCGCUCAGCUUCACGCGAUACAAUGGCGUCGGCCGUGAGUGACGUACCGCGCCGUGAGCGCGGAAUGCCACGAGAUGGUGAUUUCUAUCGUCCUUCGAGAGGCGAUCGCUCUCCAUCGCCUGCUCCUCCCGUGCGAACCGAAGAAGAGAAGCAGGCAGCAGCAAAAGCCGAGUACGAAAAACUGCUAAACAUGCGAUCGGGAGGAACCUACAUCCCCCCCGCGAGGCUCAGAGCGCUCCAGGCGCAGAUCACGGACAAGACCAGCAAAGAGUAUCAGAGGAUGGCGUGGGAGGCGCUGAAGAAGAGUAUCAACGGUCUGAUCAACAAGGUCAACACCGCCAACAUCAAGUACAUCGUUCCCGAGCUGUUUGGCGAGAACUUGGUUCGGGGCAGGGGCCUGUUCUGCAGAUCCAUCAUGAAAGCCCAGGCUGCGAGUUUGCCCUUCACGCCCAUCUACGCGGCCAUGGCGGCGAUUGUCAACACGAAGCUUCCCCAGGUCGGUGAGCUGCUGAUAAAGCGCCUGAUUAUGCAGUUCCGCAAGGGAUUCAAGCGAAACGACAAGGCCGUUUGCCUCUCCUCGACGACGUUCCUCGCGCAUCUGAUCAACCAGCAGGUUCAGCAUGAGAUGCUAGCUGGCCAAAUUCUCUUGCUGCUCCUGCACAAGCCGACGGACGAUAGUGUUGAGAUUGCUGUGGGAUUCUGCAAGGAGGUGGGGCAAUACCUGGAGGAGAUGCAGCCUGCCAUCUCGAUGGCCGUGUUCGAUCAGUUUCGCAACAUCCUCCACGAGUCGGACAUCGAUAAGCGGACACAGUACAUGAUUGAAGUUCUUUUCCAGAUCCGAAAAGAUAAGUUCAAGGAGAGCCCGGCCAUCAAAGAGGAGCUGGACUUGGUUGAAGAGGAGGACCAAAUUACACACAAGGUUGAGCUUGAUGGCGAGGUUGAUGUUCAGGACGGGCUCAACGUUUUCAAGUUUGACGCCGAGUGGGAGGAGCACGAGGAGGCCUAUAAGAGACUCAAGGCAGAAAUUCUUGGCGAAGGCAGCGAUGACGAAGACGACGAGGACGACGAGGACGAGAGCUCCGAGGAGGAGGAAGACGAGGAGUCAAAGGCCGUGGAGAUCAAGGACCAGUCCAACGCCGACUUGGUCAACCUUCGAAGGACCAUCUACCUGACCAUCAUGUCGAGUGCCGACCCAGAAGAAGCAGUUCACAAGCUGAUGAAGAUCAACCUGCCUGAAGGUCAAGAGCCCGAGCUACCAUCGAUGAUUAUCGAGUGUUGCUCCCAGGAAAAGACUUACACCAAGUUCUUUGGCAUGAUUGGCGAGCGCUUUGCCAAGAUCAACCGUCUGUGGUGCGAUCUCUUCGAGCAGGCCUUUGCAAAGUACUACGAGACUAUUCACCGAUAUGAGAACAACAAGCUGCGAAACAUUGCAAUGCUGUUUGGUCACAUGUUUGCGUCCGACGCUCUAGGCUGGCAUUGCCUUGGCGUCAUUCACCUCAACGAAGAUGAAACUACAUCCAGUAGCCGUAUCUUCAUCAAGAUCCUGUUUCAGCACAUCUUGGAGGAAACCGGAUUGCCCAAGCUGAGGGCACGCCUGACCGACGAAACUCUCCGACCUAACCUCGAAGGCAUCUUCCCCAUGGAGAACCCCCGCAACAUCAGAUUCUCCAUCAACUACUUUACCAGUAUUGGCCUGGGUGUUUUGACCGAGGAGAUGCGAGAGCAUCUUCAGAACAUGCCUAAGCCUGCGCUCCCCGCCCCUGUUGCUCAGGACCGCUCAGAUUCAGAUUCUGUAUCGAGCUAUUCAUCUCAUUCUCGCUCGUCAUAUUCUUCUCGCUCACGCUCUAGGAGUCGUUCUCCGGCUCGUUCUCCGGCUCGUCGUGGCGGUGGCGGACGAGGCCGAUCGCUUUCUCGAACGCCCCCAAGGCGUGGUGGGAGGGAUCGAUCGUACUCGGAUUCACGGUCUCGCUCACGGUCUCGCUCACGUUCUGCUGCCUCUCGCGCUCGUGGUCGCGGCCGCGGCCGCCCUCGCUCUAGGACACCUUCUCGCAGCCGCAGUCCGCCAACGAAGCGAAGGCGUUCGGUUUCGUCUCAUUCUUCGGCAUCCUAUUCCUCUCGCUCUCGGUCUAGGACACGUUCCAUCAGCCGUAGUCCGCCGAUGAAGCGUGCGAGACGGAGAGACUGAGGACUUUUUCUUUUUAAGCUUACGUUUUAUACCUUUGGAUGGGGAUAUGCAUAGUAAUGGAAUAAAGGAAAAUAAGUUUGAUUUUAGCGAUUGUAAUGGAAAAUAAUAAAUUGAUUCAUUUUCUUC